CAGUAGUGCGCCCAAAUAUAUACGGUAUGAUACGCCGUGUUUACUCUUAUUCUUUUUUAAAUCAUUUUCAGUCCGUAUUUGUGAAUUAGAUUAGAAAUAACAUUCAAAAUGGGAUUAUUCGACAGCAUUCCGACACAUAUGGAUUAUCAAGGACAAAAACUGUCCGAACAACUGUUCCAGGUUCUUGCAGUGACAUUUGGAGUCAUCGGGUUUAUUGUGGGAUACAUGUUUCAACAGAUGUCCUAUAUGAUGUACAUACUGGCAGCUGGAUGUGCCCUGGGAUGUUUGUUAACAUUGCCACCUUGGCCCAUGUAUAGGAGAAAUCCGAUCAAGUGGCAGAAGCCUCAACCAGAGAUGGAAUCUUCACAAUCCCAACAACAACAACAAAAGGGAAGCAAGAAGAAGCAAAAAUAAAAAUAUCAGACUCAAAGAACUUCAUUGCCAUUUGGGCACGAGAAAAGAAGAAUUUUCGUCUACUUUACAUAGAACAGGAAAUGGAAUAUUAUAUGCUAAUGAAUGUGAAGUCCAGAUUUAUGCAGUGACUGCUUUAUUUUAUUGUGUCUUAUAUUAUAUAUAAGUCUUCUUGCCGGAUGGUGCAACUGUA